UGGUGAUAAUGUGCUUUAGAAUGGGAUUCCAUUCUUAAUUGUAUAUCGUCAAUGAAAUUUGUUCAUUGAUUAUUAUUCACUGUUUACUAUUAUUCACAUAACAUUUUAUUUGCUUUCAGGUACUUGAAGAAGCAGAAGCUCAACAUUUAUAUCAGUCUAUUUUGCCUGAUAUGGUGAAAAUUGCACUCUGUCUGCCAAGUAUUUGUACUCAGCCAAUACCACUCCUGAAACAGAAGAUGAAUCAUUCCAUUACAAUAUCGCAGGAACAGAUUGCCAGUCUUUUAGCUAAUGCUUUCUUCUGCACAUUUCCCCGACGAAAUGCUAAGAUGAAAUCGGAGUAUUCUAGUUACCCAGAUAUCAACUUCAAUCGGUUGUUUGAAGGACGUUCAUCAAGAAAACCAGAGAAACUGAAAACUCUCUUCUGCUACUUUCGAAGAGUCACAGAGAAAAAGCCUACUGGGUUGGUGACAUUUACAAGACAGAGUCUUGAAGAAUUUCCAGAAUGGGAAAGAUGUGAGAAACCCCUGACACGAUUACAUGUCACUUAUGAAGGUACCAUAGAAGGAAAUGGUCGAGGCAUGUUACAGGUGGAUUUUGCAAAUCGUUUUGUUGGAGGUGGUGUAACCAGUGCAGGACUUGUACAAGAAGAAAUCCGCUUUUUAAUCAACCCUGAGUUGAUUGUUUCACGGCUCUUCACUGAAGUGCUGGAUCACAAUGAAUGUCUUAUUAUCACAGGUACUGAACAGUACAGUGAAUAUACAGGCUAUGCCGAAACAUAUCGUUGGGCUCGGAGCCAUGAAGAUGGGAGUGAAAGAGAUGACUGGCAGCGGCGCUGCACUGAGAUUGUUGCCAUUGAUGCACUUCACUUCAGACGCUACCUCGAUCAGUUUGUGCCUGAGAAAAUGAGACGUGAGCUUAACAAGGCCAGUAACCUUAUUUCUGAGUUCAUCUGGCAGCUGUCAUCUAUUUACUGCCAUUUUAUUAAUGCUGAAAUUAAUGCUUUCUGGUAAUUCUUACAGUGUCAGUACAUCUUCCCACAGCUCUCCUGAUUUAAUGGUUCUGUCAGCUUGUACAAGAUGUACUUUCCAUUUCGUAAUUAUUUGAUUACUGCUGAGGUUGCCAGAUAGACUAUUGCUAGAUGUUAAACCCCACACAUGCACUUAUCUCAUCAAGUACUUUUAGCUGUUUUGGAACAUUAUCAUUGUAAAUCCAUAUAGAAAUGAAUGAGUCCUGAACAUUUUUUCCCCAUAGCUGCCCAAUGACGUUUUCUCUACAAAGGAUGCU